CCAGCAGCACUCUAAACUCUUUCAAUGACUACCAAAAUAGAUCUUCCUUCUUCUUGUCCUCCUCCUCCAUUCUAAACUCCUUCAAUAAUGACCACCAAAACAGAUCUUUCUUCUUCUUCUUCAUUUCCUAAAUUGACAUACGAUGUGUUCCUCAGUUUCAGAGGUAAAGAUACCCGCACAAAUUUCACAGACCAUCUCUAUACCGCUCUCAAUCAGAAAGGAAUAAACACAUUUAGAGAUGAUGAAGAACUUGAGAGAGGGGAAUCAAUUGGUCCAAAUCUCUUGAAAGCAAUUAAAGAAUCAAGAUAUGUUAUUGUGGUUUUUUCCCAAAAUUACGCCGAUUCUUCGUGGUGUUUGGAUGAGCUUGCAAAGGUCGGUAAAUGCAUGAAAAAAAGGGGACAAAAAGUCCUUCCAGUGUUCUACCAUGUUGAUCCAUCCGUGGUACGAAGACAAACAGGGGAGCACUUUGGGAAAGCAUUUGAGAAGCAUCAAAAGCGGCAUCCAGACAAAGUGAAGGGCUGGAAAGACGCUCUUGCUGAUGUAGGCAAUCUCUCUGGAUGGCAUCUGAAAGAUGGGUAUGAAUCCAAAGUCAUUCAAGAAAUUGUUGAAAAGAUUUUCACCGAGUUAAAUCAAAUAAUCCCAACACCUGAGGGUUUAGUUGGAAUGGAUUCUCACCUGAAUGAAAUGCUUUCGUACUUAGACAUUGGGUGUCCUGAUGUUCGUAUCAUAGGGAUUUGUGGUAUGGGUGGUAUCGGUAAGACAACCAUUGCAGAUGUGGUUUUUAAAAGGGUACAGGCUCAGUUUGAAGGUUGCAUCUUUCUUGAGAAUGUUAGAGAGGAAAUUGAAAAGCAAGGUGCAGUUCAUUUACAAGAGAAACUUCUUUCGAAUUUGCUGAAAUGUAGUGUAAAUUUACAGACCACUAAAAUGGGAAAAGAUACAAUCAGGCAUAGACUAUGUACUAAAAAGGUUCUUCUCAUUCUUGAUGAUGUGGAUCAAGAAGAACAAUUGGAAGCAUUGUGCAAUCGCACUUGGUUUGGUCCAGAGAGUAGAAUCAUCAUAACUUGUAGAGAUGAACAUUUGCUCAGUAUAGUUGAAGGAGACAAAGUAUAUAAGGUGAAUCCAUUAAGUGAUGCUGAAGCUCUUCAGCUUUUCAGUAUGAAAGCCUUCAAGAAAGACCAGCUGGUUGGAGAAGAAAUUCUGAAGCUAUCCAAAGAAUUGUUAAAAUAUGCUAAUGGCCUUCCACUAGCUAUUGAAGUUUUGGGUGGUCUUGUUAAGGGUAGAGGGGUAGAGUUAUGGUCAAGUGCAUUGGAAAGACUUAAAGAAAAUCCUGAUAAAAAAAUUAUUAAAGUUCUCAAGGUUAGUUAUGAUGGAUUAGAACCAAGGGAACAGAAAAUUUUUUUGGACAUUGCAUGUUUCCUUAAAGGGGUGAGCAUAGAUCGUGUAAGAAGAAUACUACAGGGUAGUAAUGACUACUGUCCAGACUUUGAUAUAAAGGUUCUCCUGGACAAAUCUAUGGUAACGAAAUUUGGAAAAAAAUUGUGGAUGCAUGAUUUGAUACAAGAAAUGGGUUGGGAAGUUGUUCGUCAAGAAUAUCCUAAUAAUCCUGAAAAACGUAGAAGAUUGUGGCUUCCAGAGGAGAUUUUCCAUGUACUUGAUCGGAGUAAGGCGACGAGUGCAGUUGAAAGCAUAUUCCUCCAAUGUCCAAUAGAAGACGAUGUUGUUCACUCAAUUGAUACCUUCUCAAAUAUGGACAGAUUGAGAUUGCUCAAGAUUUGGAAAGUGAAGUUUUCCGGAAACAUCACAUAUCUUUCUAAUGAGUUACAGUAUCUUGAUUGGCAUGAGUGCCCUUUGGAUUCCUUCCCAUCAGACUUCCAACCGGAUAAACUUGUUGAACUUCACAUGUGUAUUAGUAGCAUCAAACAACUAUGGAGGGGGAAAAAGGGAUGGAGCAUGCUACGACAUUUAGAUCUGACUGGUUCACAAUACUUGAUGUCGACUCCAGACUUCACUGAGGUUCCUAAUCUUGAAACGUUGGUGCUUCCAUUAUGUACAAGCUUGGUGAAGGUUCACCCGUCUCUUGGAUUUCUGAAGAAACUUGUCUCUUUGAAUAUGACAUUCUGCGUGUCUAUUGAGAGCAUUCCACCUUUCACUUCCUUGGAAUGCCUUCAAAUAUUGAGGCUUUCAUUCUGUUUGGGACUGAAGAAGUUUCCAGAAAUUGAAGGAAAUAUGAAAAGCUUGCUGGAGCUUCAUUUGGAUGGGACCAGGAUUGAGGAAUUGCCUCCAUCAAUUGAACGCUUGACUGGCCUUACCAUGUUGAAUCUAGCAUACUGUAAUAAGCUUUUGCAUCUUCCCAAUACCAUUGGGUGCUUGACAUCUUUGAAAAGUCUCAAUCUAACAAGUUGCUCCAAAAUUCAUGAGAUACCUGAGAAUCUGAAUGGUAUGAAAUGUCUGGAGAGGCUUUGCAUUGGUGGAACUUCCAUAAGGAAGUUAUCUUUCAUUGUAUGCAUGAAGAAUCUACAGUAUCUAUCCUGCCGAGGAUGUACAUGUCUAGUUUCAGAAUCAUUUAAAGUUCUGGCUUCGUUAUCGAAUUUGACAGAGCUAGACUUGAGUUGUUGCAAUCUGAUGGAUGGAGCAUUUCUCAAUGAUUUUGGCAGCCUAAUCUCCUUGAGAGAGUUAGAUUUAAGUGAAAAUUGCUUUGUGCGAUUACCUGAAAGUAUCUCUCAAAUCUCAAAGCUCGAGAUUCUGCACUUGAAUAAUUGCAGACAGCUUCAAUUGCUGCCCAAGAAGCUUCCGUUCCGUCUUCAACACGUGUAUGCACAUGAUUGUACUUCACUGACGGAUUACCCAAAUCAAACCAGAGUAUUGACUUCAAUAGAGUCGGGAGUGACUACUAUCAAUUCCCUCCCUUCUUAUGCACCUGGAGACCCGCAAGAUUUCAGAACGUGGAGUUUUCCAACAGAUGGCGGCGGAUCUCCAGAGCUGCGAUUGACACAUGGGCACGCUGAGGGGAAACGAGUUGCUCGUAUGUCACUACCAAAUCCAGUGUAUGGAACAGAAGUUGAACUGCUUCCACCUUCAAAAUUGCUUUUUACCUUGCAUCCUGAGAAUGAAAUUCCAGAGUGGUUCAGCACUACAUCUACCAGAAAUCCCAUAUCAAUCCAGAUACCUUCAAAUUUGGCAGAUGAUAAUACCUGGAAGGGAGUUGCAGCGUGUGCUGUUUUCUCAGUCAAAAGACGUAAUACAACUACUCUCUCCGUUACUGAACCGGAUCCUGAAUUUUCCAAAUACUUGUAUCAAAUCAGAAUGGAAACUGAUGCUUUCAGUCUAAAACCAUAUGCGAUUGACUGGGAAGAACAACUCCGCCCCCUUGGAUCAAGUCCUCAUCUGCUAAUGAUUUUCUAUUUACCUAGUUUGGCUUUUCCAGAGCAGGGGUUGAAUCAAUCAACUGUGGUGGCGGCUAAUUUUGAAACCAACAACCCAUUCAUGGUGCACCAGAAAUGUGGAAUUCGUCUAGUCUAUGAGCAAGAUGACGGAUGGUAUUAUAAAAAAUUAUGGCCUGGGAUUGGUAUGAUUCAUCUGAAUAGAGAUGAGGAAGACGAUGCACCGGCCUCUGGCUGGCUUACUCAAGUGGAUGGAUGUGUGAAAUGGGAGAAAUUCAUUUUGCACAUCCAAGAAGAAUCCACACUUGUGCUGAGAAAUAAGAUUGAGUCUGUUCUUCCUAGAUACCUUGAGGCAUUAAACCAUUAUUCUGCAACGUAUAAAUUUAACCUCAGAGGAGGCCCAGCGUGGUUUAAGCAUUGCUUUCGUUUCCUUGAUACAAUGCCAGCUGAGUGCUGGGGUUUGCGAACCGAGAUUCCUCAGAAUCUAUACAAGAGCAAGAAGUGGAUGGGAUUUGCAAUAUACGCAUCAACUGCAGAGAAAGUGCGGCAUAUACUAGAAGAAAACGAAGAGGUCAACUAUCGUAUUUAUCUUCAACUCGGAAUCGGUAAAUCUUUUAAGAGGGUGUCCCGAGAACUUGAGCACUUCAAGUCAUCAUCAGAAGAACAUCAUCAACUUCUGAUUUUUUACAUACCGCGGGCAGAGAUUCCCGAAGAGUUGUUCACUCCGACUUCAUCAACAACUGAAAUGCUCAUUUCCUUCAGAGUCGACUCCCCUUAUGUGAAGUUUCAAAUAGGUGGGAUGCGUGUUGUUUACCAGGAAGAUAUGCAAGAGUUUGCUCAGACAAUUAUCAAAUGCAUGGAAAGGGAAGAUUCACUUGAAUUUUACGAUACGUUGGUGGUGAAAGAUUUGAUAGCGUUGAUGCGAUCGCAACGUUAUCAUUUAGAGCGGAUUAGUGAUGCAAAAGGACCGGAUUUCAGAACCAGACAGGAGAAAAAGUUUGAACUGCUCUCUCAAAAAUAUAGAAAUUGGGACUGGUCUGACCCUCGACCUGUUGUUUGCAACUUCUGGGGAGCUGAACUUUCCAAGUGGAAACGGUUCAUGCAUUUCAAGGAAGGCAACUCUGCAGAAAUCCAACUGCCUGCCAAUUUGUUCGAUGAUGCUAAUUGGUUGGGGAUUGUUGUAUGUGCUUUUAAUUUGGUGUCACCCAAAGAACCAAGCUUGAGGUCUAGCACUACUACUGAUGCAGAGUAUAAUGUGCUUACCUGUCGUCUAGACUCUGGUGUUGCUUUGGACAGCUUACAUGAUCUCGUAUUUCAGGAAUGUUUCAAUCUGUUGGAAUAUGCAUUCAAUAAUACUUUGUUCCAUUAUCUACCGCACGGUGGUAAAUGUUAUAAUGAGUCCUGGAGGCAACGCAAACUGGCGAGGGCAACUUUUUCGUCUUCCAGCUCAUUCUUAGAAGUGUAUAGUUGUGGCCUUCGUCUAGUAUAUAAGGAGGACGUUGAACUUCUUGUAGAGACACUGACCUCCUGCCAUCUACCCUGAACGUUCCACCACAAGACUGCUGCACAUGGAGGGCGUGUUGUUACUUCUUCGCAGAAGUACCGAUAUUUGCAUCCAAAGGAGGCAAGGUCUGCAAGCAAGAGUUUCCUGCUAAUUCCUUCGCUACAAGUUCCUAAUUAAAUAAGCAAAUGAAACUUAGGUCUCCUAAAGUUUCAUUUUAAGUAGUUUGUAUUUUCUUACAAUGUUCUUGUUUUCGACUGUGAGGUUUUUGGCUCUGUCCCUUUUGUACUUUCAUUCCUGAAUAAGCAAAUGAAACGUAGGUCUCGAAAAGUUUCAUUUUCAGUAACUUGUAUUUUCUUAUCAUGUUUUUGUUUUUGAUUGAGAGGUUUUCGGCUUCGUCCCCCUUUCUUUGUAUUUCCAUUCUUGAAUAAGCUAAUGAAAACUUAGGUCUCCCGAAGUUUCAU